AUGGUGUUAGACUUUAUUCUGAUUGGAGGUGGUCUUCUCAUCAGCCGCUACAGUGGUUUAACACGAAGGCGGAUUAGUCGGUCAGCCGUGUCCCAUCGAGAGGGGAGCGAGGCGGUGAGCGAAGAAGACAGCGAUAGUUCGGAGCGGGCGGUGAGUAGAGUAGGUGAGUACAUGCGGUGGAGCGCAGCGGCGAGCGGGCGAACGAUAGGGGCGCGGGCGGCCGUCGACAGGGGCGCGGGCGGUCGUCAGUCCCGCGGCACAGCUCGCUCGUAG